AGGUUUGUAAUAAAAAGAUUGCCAUUGUAGAAGAUAUCCCUUCAGAUGAUAGUGUUUCAAAUGACUUUGAACAGGAAUAUGGAUAUAGCUCUAUGCAAUCAAACGUUACUGUUGAUCCAGACAUAUCUGCUAUUGUUAAGGGUAAAACAGCUGCAAUUGCUCAUGAUGUUGAUAAUUUUCCAACAAGUUCUCAAUUGCCACCAAAGAAACCAAGAAAUGUACAAUUUCCCACAGUUGUGCAUGCUCAAAUCAAUGCUCAAGCUCCUUCUAAAGUUUCUAGCAUUGUUCAAAAUCCUCCAAAAGCUCCAAGAAAUGUUCAAGUUCAUUCUAGUGUUCCGAAGAAAGUUCAAGCUCCUUCUAAUGUUCCAAGAAGUCCUCAAGGUUGUUUUCGGAAUGUUCAAGUUGAUUCUAGUAUUUCAAGAAAUGUGCAUGAUGUUCCUAAUGUUCCAAGAAGUACUCAAGGAAAUUCAAGGAAUGUGCAAGUUUCUCCUAGUGUUUCAAGGAAUGUUCUACUUUCUCCUAGUGUUUCAAUGAAUGUUCAAGGAUCUCCUACUGUUUCAAGAAGUACUCAAGGAGGUUCUCCACAGAUUUCAACCAAAUAUGAUAGGUUAUUAGCGUGUUUUGAUACUAGUGUGGCUAAGAGAUUGGCUACAAAUGGUAAAUAAGAGAGUAAAUCAAUAUGCAAUUAUGUUUUGGUGUUUAACUA